AUGCUUUUGUCUUCCAUCUUUAUAGACAAUGAGGUCCAUCUGAAGUGGCUGGGCCAGUCUGGUGUGAAGAGGAUGCCACAGCGCCCCCUGUGGGAGCUGCAGUGCCACUGUCCUGCCCCCGUCACACACUUUUCUUCCCGGAUGAUGGAAGGAGAGCCCUUCACCUCUGCUCUCUCCUCUCUGCUGUACUCCGCCGGGGGACACUUUAUCGCCCUCUCCUCUUCCUCCUCUUCUUCCUCCUCUUCCUCUUCGGAUUCAGCUAUCGCUGCCAUGUCCCUGGAGCAGAAGACCACUUUUGCCUUGGUCAUAUUUCUCUUUGUUUUCCUCCUAAUCCUCAUUGUGCGAUGCUUCCGUAUCCUGCUGGACCCCUACCGGAGUAUGCCUACCUCCACCUGGGCUGAUGGCCUGGAUGGUCUGGAGAAGGGCCAGUUCGACUAUACUCUGGCCUAG